AUGCGCCAAGCAUUGACAGCUCGCACAGACACUGCGCACAGCCUCGCUACUGUAUCUACACCUCCCACCAUCAUCAUCCUUGGUCAUCGUGCAGUCUGUGCGAUAGCCAUCGCUGGCGAUGCCGCGCAACGAUCAUGCGGAUAUAGAUCCGCUGCCAGACGAGCCUCCGCCUCCAUACGAACCGCUGAACGAACUUUCGAACGCAACCGCAACCAGCACAAGCCACACUGCGAGCGCAGCGGCAGCAUCGUCAAGCGCACCGACAACGAGUCAAGUACCCCCCUCAAGCUUUCCUUCGACCGCUGGCAGUCAUGCAUCGCACAAUCCUUUUCUUGCGCCCGAAGAGCAAGGCCCUACUACCACCAGCACCGGAGCUGUUUCGCCAAAUGUUGCACCGAGCACAAAUCCGUUCUUGAGCUCAGUCACACCACAAGCAACGGAUGCAUCGACGUCUUUCACAGUGACAUCGCCUGCUGCUCCUACCACAUCGAAUCGUCCGCCCAGCCUUCCACCGCGAACCUACACUGCACCUCAGAGCCCCGCGCCGUCUCAAUCGCCAUCGCAAUCGCAGUCAGCACAGACUCGACCAAGUCUAGACUCUCGGCACUCGCGUCUGUCGUCGACCGCGUCCGUCGCAUCACCUCCUCCAGCCUCUCCCUCCACUUUUGCUCCUCCGUCCGGGCCUCCUCCGCCCACCUCGCCAUCCGCGUCCUCUUCUCACUCUCAACACCGUCCCCACACCGACUCGUAUCGACCCACCACUGUCCCCACUCCCGGCCAACCAUUGCUCCGGAAGGGCAAGCUUCUCGUAUAUCCACGCGACUGGCGCGGAUGUCCGAAAUGCAACGAUACUGGCUACAAGCACGGUGA